GGAUACGGCUUCCCGGUGAACCAGCUCUUUGACAUGCUGUUGGAGAUCCAAGACCAGUAUAGUGAAACCCUGCUGAAGAAAUGGUCAGGAGUUUUCAGAAAUAUACUUGAUUCAGAUAACUACAGUCCCAUCCCAGUGACAAAUGAAGAAGUUUAUAAGAAAAUAGUUGGACAGUUCCCGUUCCAGGAUGCAGAACUUGAAAAGCAGCCGUUUCCAAAGAAGUUCCCCUUUUCUGAGUUUGUGCCUAAAGUUUACAAUCAGAUUAAGGAAUUCAUCUACGCCUGUCUGAAGUUUUCAGAAGACCUUCAUCUGAG